AUGGGUCCCCAAGAGUUUGAACUCAGGUCGGUGGUUACACUCACCAAUGAUCCAGAUCGUGAGCCUCAUCGACCACGGCAGUCUUCGAGCUUAGCAAAAGAUAAGCAAGUCGUUCGCUACUACAAACGCUCGUUAUGGAUCUUUGGGUUCCAUCUCCUUAUUCUCGUCCUACCGUGGAUAUUCACUUGUGUUUUGAUGAUCAGGCCCAUCAACGAGGAAUCAUACUUCAACCAGGCGGGAUCAAUAACCCCCGGAGACGUAAAUAAUUGGCACAGAUCGCGUGUUGCUCUCAGGUCUCUCACUGCACUCUCAAGUGUUGUUGGACUCCCGAUAGUUUCUGGCCUCCUUGCCCAUGGAGCGGUCGUCUACACGCAGCGUCGAAGCCCAGCUCAGAAAUUGAGCGUCUUGCAGCUAUUUGCGCUGACAGAUAGAGAAUGGCUAGACCCGCGAUAUCUGGUUAAACCUCCAAGCAAGCUUCAAAUCACGGAACGGUCACUCUACCUUUGGCUGGCGACUUUCCUCAUCCUGAUCACCGCUAUCCAACCACCCAUACAAGCCACCCUAGUCCGAGACGAAGAGAUUAACGUUUUGACGUGCAAAGGGCAUCCCGCGGCGUACCGGGAUUGCGGUUCGGGAGCUUGCAAGUUUCCUUUCAAGGAUUUAAAUACUCAGAUCAUUGCGCGGGACGCGGAGCCCAUCGAUCUGAACUUCUGCCCACAAGACGUUGUCGUCAUGAAGACCAGCCAGAAGCUACUCGGCUCCACUAAUAGUGAUAUCCAAAUCAAUCUGUGGUCUGAUGAGGUUUCUCUUGGAGAGAGCCCAAAUUACUAUACGGACAACAGACGGACUUUCGACUGGUACUACCAGGAGUCGUCGUACGGUAAGGGCAAACGGCGAUAUUAUGCGUCUUCCGUCCCUAACGGCACCGCCACCGGAGUUUAUCGACAUCACGCAGCCAGGAUGGAUUCUACAGCAAAUUGUUACUUGACCAAAAGCUUUCCGAAACAGUGCAAGGGGGACAAGCCAUUCGCGCCAUCUUUCACAGAAGAGUGGCUGAAUGUCGAUAUUUGUGCUGAGGGAAGUCAUGACACUGUGGCUUGGAACAGAAGUCGAGACAAACAAGAGCACAACGAGACUUUGUGGUUGUCUAUGAAAUGGGGUAUUCCUGGAGGUCAAGACAGCUCCGGACAAUUUCGAAAUAAUGAUAGCUACGUCCUCAGAUGCGACAGUGUCUCAAGGAGAGGAUGGUUCCAGCUCCCGAACAACGCAAACGGCGGAAAGCCUGGGCCCUUUCGUGACGAGUGGCCUUCAUGGCGAGAACUCAAGUAUGAGUUCAACGAUUAUUAUAUCAAUAGCCCUCAGUGGGAUCAAACAUUUCCAGGUGACAGAUAUCCAGCAGCAGAAAUCCCGGACGAAGAACUGCAAAAGUAUCGCGGUAAACCGAGCAACACCUACCAAGGGCCCCCUGUGCCAGGUCCACUCAUGACCGUGGCUCUGGCUAUGUUUGGAAAUUCCUCUUUCUUUCAAGCAGCUAGGGUUGCUGAUCGUGACACUUACAAUCAGACCAUCGAAAAUAUCUGUGACAACUCGUUGUUUCCACUGCUUGGAAUGAUGCCGCGCGAGUACAACCUGGGCUGGUGCAGUCCAUCUGUGAGAAAUCGGAAGCAUAGUCUGAAAAUGCAGGAUUUGAUUUACUAUUAUUUCGAUGGCCUCAAGAAUGAAGAGGCCACUACACAAGCACUCGAAAAGGCCAUGCUCUUUGCAAACGAAGCCCUUCUCACCACAGCCGCCUCGCUAUUUGAGAAGCGCCCCAUCUUCUAUAGCCCGGGAACUGCAGUCAUAAAGCCCAAAAAGGAUUCAGCAGCGGUGAUAACUGUCACUGUACUGAUAUGUCUUCAAGUUAUGGGGCUUUUUGCGUUGAUGUGGUUCAUUCUACGUGCCCCUACAUGGACGGAGACUCUUGAUGCUGAUGCUUUGGCGCAUAUAGGAAGUCAGCUUAAGGAGUGGGGGGAGCCCAGACCGGAUAUGAGGCAGAUAAAUGGUAUUGUGGGAGUUGAUGAGAUGUGA